GAUCUGGUAGAAGUUGAAAACCUUCAAAUUUUCCAUAUGCUUUUACGUAUUCCAGUUUAAUUGCAAGUGACGUGCUUGCUUUUCUAGGUUUUAUUGAUUUGAUAUGACGUUGGAGGAUCCUUUUUUUGUUGUUAAAGAUGAGGUCUUCAAGGCAUUAAACAAAACUAGAGGACUAUACCUUAGAUGGAGUGAAUUGCAAGAGGACAGUGUAUGCAUAACAAAGGAUGAAAUUGACUGGACCAAUACAGAACUAAAAAAUUCCUUACGUAGUAUAGAGUGGGACCUAGAAGAUUUGGAGGACACAAUUGAUAUUGUUGAAAAAAAUCCAUCUAAAUUUAAAAUAGAUAAUAAGGAACUCACCACCAGAAAACACUUUAUUGAUUCUACAAAAAACGAAGUAAAGUUAAUGAAAGAAAGAAUUAAUAUGAACAGAGGACGAGAUAAAGACCGCACUGCAAGACAACCUCUUUUGGACAACAGUCCAGUGAGAGUUACUAAUUCCCAUUCUACUACAAAAUACUCCAAACUUGAAAACGAUUUGGACAGCCCACACAGGCAAUUUCUUAACGAUACCAUUAGCCAACAACAAUACUUAACUAGACAACAUGACGAACAUUUGGAAGCCAUCAGCGAUUCUUUAGGAUCUUUAAAAACUGUUUCUAGACACAUAGGGGUUGAAUUGGAUGAACAGGCAGGAAUGUUGGAUGAAUUUGGGACUGAAUUAGAAAGUACCGAUUCAAAAUUGGACUCUACAAUGAAAAAGGUUGCCAAAGUUUUACGACUUUCUAAUGAUAGUAGACAGUGGACCGUCAUUAUAGUUUUAGUUGUAAUUCUUCUAAUUGUGAUAAUUUUAUUUUUUAUACUGUGAUUGUCUUUAGCUUUUACUGUCAGCUUUAUAUUCUAGGUAUUAAAUUUACAAUUUUUUUAUAUUAUAUUUUUCACUGUUUUUAUAGCACACUAUGUUUAAGGACAGUUUUCGUUAAUAUUUAUUUCACUUGUGUAAUGUAAUUUUUCAUGUUUAGUCACUAGGUUUGUGUACUCUAGAAACUGCCCUUAAAUAUUCUAUCAUAAGCGUAUACCCAGAUAGCACAAAUUUGUAGAAAUAAAAGAAUACAUUUAAAUGUAGGACCUAAAAAUGUAGUACAAAUUCAAUCUGAAUUCUUCCAAAUAUCCAUUUGAUUAUUCCAAUUAGACAUUUCUUGCAAAAGGUAAUUGAGUUGAUAAUUUUUAGGGGACCAAAGGUGGAGAAAUGUCUUUUUAGAAUUGAAAUAAAUGACAUUUGGUUUAAAAAUGAUCGGCAGUAGUACAGGCUAAAUCAUAUUAGGAUUGUUUGGGUUCUUCAAAAACAUAUUGAGAACCAUGAUACACAAAAUUACUGAGAUAUGAUACUUAUAGCUGACGAAAUCUCAUCAAGAUUUCGCAGGGCGUAUUGUGGUGUGGAAUAUGGCUAUCUAAUGGGCCAUGAGCAG